CCAUUUCAGCUCUGACUCUCUCUCUCUCUCUCUCUCUCUCUCUCUCUCUCUCUCUCUCUCUCUCAUUGUUGAUAUUCCAGUUUGGAGACUUAAGAGUUGAGAAGAAACUUCUGAGAGAUUCAAUGGAGUACGAAAGAAUACACAAAGUUCAGACUGGCAUAAUUUCUCCAAGUAAAUUGAGGAUGAAACUUAUGGGGCCUCACAAUCACAGAAAGAAAAGUGCAUCAAACAAUAACUCCGCCAGAACUUCACCUACUAAGCUUGGUGAUUCUGAGUCUGUUAAAAACAGCUUAUUGGACACCAUGAAUGGAGAUGAACAAGUAUCAUUGCCUAGCUUAGAUGUUCUGCCUACAAAUUUGUCCAGUGAAGUAGCAUUGCCAAGAGAAAAUGUUGAAGUCAGUCGUGCUAAAUUGCAGCAAUGUACCAAGGGUGAUGGUGGUAAUUCGAGCACAGUUUACCCCCUGAGGAUAAUGGAGGAUGAAAAUAUUGAUUAUGACAGUAAUGCCAGUUCAUCCAGUUUUGAGUUCCAUAAAGGUGAGAAAUCGGUGCAUAGACACAUUUCAAGAGCACUUUCAAGAACUAUGCCGUCUAAGUGGAAUGAUGCUGAGAAAUGGAUACUGAACAAGCAAACUGUGCAAGCUAAUGUUCAUAGGAAGCUAGCUUUACAAAACCAAACAAAUAGGCUGCCGGUGGCAAGUAUGGGGAGGGUGGCUCCUGAAUCUGCUAAUUGUGAUUUCAAGCUAGAUGGCAAAGUGGCAGACACAAAGCGAGUUGAUUUUUGUCUACCUGCAUCGCAGCCUGCAUCACAGAUUGGUUUUGAUAAGUUCUGUUUUGUUCCUUCUGAAUCUCACCCCAGUUCAGGUCAAGCUUGUGGAGGCAAUGUUUCUUUUGAUGCAUCUUCUCAAAGUAAAGAUUUAAAGGAAGUUGAGAGCAUGCCGUGCUCAAAAGUUUCAGUCGAAGAGACUUCCACAGCUACUUCGGCCAUAAGAUCAGUCUCAAUGAGAGACAUGGGAACAGAAAUGACUCCAGAAAUGACACCAAUCCCAAGCCAAGAGCCUUCAAGGACAUCUACUCCUUUAGGGGCAACUACCCCAAUUCGCAGCCCAACUUCCUCAAUCCCCUCAACUCCUCGAAGAGGUGCACCAGCUCCAACACCUACGACUGAUGAGGAAUCGUACAAACAAAAUGGAAGCAGCAAGAGUGAACUGACGGAAGAAGAACAGAAGCUCAAGACAAGAAGGGAGAUUGUAGAACUCGGUGUCCAGCUGGGUAAGAUGAAUAUUGCUGCUUGGGCAAGUAAAGCUGAGCAGGACAGGACAAACACUUGUGCAGAUACAGUUGAUAUGGCGGAACUCGAACGUGUCGACUUUGAAAAACGUGCAGCUGCCUGGGAGGAAGUUGAAAAAUCUAAACAUAUGGCAAGAUAUAAGCGUGCUGAAAUCCAAAUCCAAGCAUGGGAAAGUCAGCAGAAGGCAAAACUAGAAGCCGAGAUGCGGCGGAUAGAGGCUCAAGUUGAACAAAUGAGAGCUCAAGCUGAAUCCAGGAUAAUGAGGAAGAUAGCAUUAGCGAGGCAAAAGUCUGAAGAAAAACGGGCAGCUGCGGAAGCCAGAAAAACUCAGAACGCUGUAAAGACUGCAGCUCAAGCUGAAUAUAUUCGCCAGACUGGGCGUAUGCCACCUACUCAUUAUAUGUGUUGUGGAUGGUUGUCAUGAAAGAACUCUAGAAGAGCAACUGCUUCAUUCAUAGCUUGGCACAAGUAGUCUCAAUGUAGGUAUUGGGAGCACACAUCAUGAUUCUCAAUGAGUGGUAUGCUAAUCGAUGUUUAAGUAAGCAACCAGUGUGUUAGUUGUUACAUGAAGUGAUUUCAUGCGAAUCUCAAGCAUCUCAAUCGUCGUCCACCAUUGUUUGAAUCCUUAACGAAGGUAUAGCUAGGGUCAGCUUUGGCAUUGUUGAAGUGUUUACUGAAUAACAUUAUCCCAAAGUUGAAGUACUUGAUCCUAUCACGUCGCAAUCAAGAUGAAUCAAAAUGUAAGAAUAGAUAAAAGUUUGGAAGAGAACAAGAAGCAGUUUGAAACGAUUAUCUAGGUUUCUGCUUUUUCUACAAGGGUUCAUGUAUAUAUAGGUUGUUUGAGCCUGAGUUAUUAGUGUAACAAGCCUGC